UCCCCAGCCCACGUAAUUUUACAUCGUUUUGUGCCUCUCUUUCAGACGAACGUUUUCAUUCGCUGUUGAAAGAAAGCCACCACCAGAGAUUCAGAGAGAGCGAUAGAUAGCAACAGAGUGUUGCUAAAAUGGCUGACUCCAUCGUUACACACAGUCGAUCACGUGACCUGGACAAGCUUCUUCUCCGACCCGGCAAUCUCGUCGGGCCUACUUUUGAACCCGGCGUUGAGUUGAGAGAUGACCUCCGAGAUUAUGCGCGAGUCUUGGUGGUAGGGGCUGGUGGGUUAGGCUGUGAACUCUUAAAAGACUUGGCUUUAUCGGGUUUCAAGAAUCUAGAGGUUAUUGACAUGGACCGUAUUGAAGUUUCUAACCUCAAUCGACAGUUUCUUUUCAGGAUGGAAGAUGUUGGCAAGCCAAAGGCUGAGGUUGCAGCUAAGCGUGUCAUGGAAAGAGUUAGUAAUGUGAAUAUAGUCCCUCAUUUUUGCCGGAUCGAGGACAAAGAAAUUGAAUUCUAUAAUGAUUUUAACAUCAUUGUCCUUGGUCUUGAUUCCAUUGAGGCUCGGAGCUACAUAAAUGCUGUAGCUUGUAGUUUUCUUGAGUACAAUUCUGAUGACAAACCGCAAGAAGAAACAAUAAAACCUAUGGUAGAUGGUGGGACUGAAGGUUUCAAAGGUCAUGCAAGGGUUAUUUUACCAGGGGUCACACCAUGCUUUGAGUGUACAAUCUGGCUAUUCCCGCCUCAAGUGAAGUUUCCUUUAUGCACUCUUGCAGAAACCCCUAGAAAUGCUGCCCAUUGUAUUGAAUAUGCCCACUUAAUCAAAUGGGAUGAGGUUCAUAGUGGAAAGGCUUUUGAUGCAGAUGACCCAGAACAUAUGAAGUGGGUCUACGCCGAGGCUGUCAAGAGAGCUGAGCUUUUUGGAAUUCCAGGAGUUACAUAUUCUCUUACCCAGGGUGUGGUGAAGAACAUCAUACCAGCAAUUGCUUCCACCAAUGCAAUUAUAUCAGCAGCAUGUGCCCUUGAAACCUUGAAGAUUGCAUCAGGAUGUAGCAAAACUCUAUCAAACUAUUUAACGUAUAAUGGAGUGGGAGGUUUACAUGUAAAAGUUACUGAAUUUGUGAGGGACAAGGAUUGUCUUGUGUGUGGUCCGGGGGUUCUUAUUGAGUUGGACACUUCAGUUACAUUAGAAAAGUUCAUUCAUCAACUUGAAGAGCAUCCAAAGCUGCUUUUAUCAAAAGCAAGUGUUGCACACCAUGGGAAGAAUCUGUAUAUGCAAGCACCACCAGUUCUAGAAGAGAUGACCCGACCAAACCUUAGUCUACCACUUUAUGACCUUCUGGGUAAGAUUCCGAAGGAUGUUGUCCAUGUGAGUGGUAUAACCAGCAAGAAUGACAAGAAGAACUCAUCUCUGAGAAAAUUGCGAGUUGUAUUCAAAGGAAUAGAUGGAGUUACAGAUAUGGAUAUGGCUGGAGGGGCAUGAUAUAUUAAUUGCACCAACUUCUUGAAACCAUAUCACAAAUUGGAAAGGUUGAAAACUGUGGGAAAAAGGUAGAAAUAGGUGGAUGGCUCUGUAAUUUUCUCACAGAUUAUUCUUCCAAAUUUUCUGUUACUGUUACCGAGAGAACAAUGAUAUUAACAAAAUUUUCUAAGAUCA